UGUUAAUGUAGCUGAUUUAUGGAAGUUUACUCCACUACAUGAAGCAGCUUCUAAAGGAAAAUUUGAAAUCUGUAAAUUAUUAUUAAAACAUGGAGCAGACGCAAACAAAAAGAACCGUGAUAGUCACACACCAAUAGAUCUAGUCAAAGAAGGAGAUCAAGAUGUCGGUGAUCUGCUUCGAGGUGAUGCUGCAUUAUUGGAAGCAGCUAAGAAAGGGAACCUGGCUCGUGUUCAGAAACUGGCCACACCAGAAAAUAUCAACUGCCGUGAUACCCAGGGUCGAAAUUCAACUCCACUUCAUCUUGCUGGCUAUUUUCAGUUAAAAACUUUUGUAGUUUAA